AUAGUUGUUUAGUCCAUCUCAUGCCCCAUCCCUGGCAGUGUUCAAGGCCAGGUUGGACAGGGCUUGGAGCAAUCUGGUCUAGUGGAAGGUGUCCCUGCGAGUGGCAGGAGGGGGCUGGAACUGGAUGAGUUUUAAGGUCACUUCCAAACCAAACUACUCUGUGAUCCUGUGCCAACAGCCUCCAAGAUGGUACACUGCGACAUGCCUUCUCAGGGAUCCAAGCUACCUCUAUCUGCCUGUGCCCUUGCAGUAAGCUGAUUUCCAGUAAUUAUGCUUCUAAUAUGCCUUCAUUCACACAUUUUAAUUCCUGCCUCAUUUGUGAACCUAAAUCAUGGCAAUAGCAUCAGCCCAGCAACUGUCCUUAAAGGGCAAGAGUUAGUCUCUGCCUGUGUUUGUUUGCAACUUAAACACAAUUACUGGCCCAGAGGCACAUCAUUCUUACUGCUAGCACCACCAGUCUUUUGCAAAAGGUUCUGGCCCUCUUCAUCUCAGUGUGGCUGCAAGAACAGGGAGCAGGGUUUGCUCUGUGCAGCAGCUCAGGCCAUAAAUACCUUCUCCAAUUCCCCAUUACAUCAGCAGUAGUGCACCUGCUCUCAAACUGCAGGGACAUGGACUCAGGGAAAUCUCUGGUUUCAGGGUACACUAUACUUCCCCCAUCCAUGUCCCAUUCCUCCCUCCCCCUGACCACCCCCAGUUCAAUAAAACUGGAUCUGUGCCAGCUUCAGAUCACUGUUAACUCUUGAUCUCUGGCACAAACAUUUCUCUGGGUCUCGUUACAUUGUGCCAAAGCUCUGGACAGGGAACAGUCUGGGCAGGCAGCUUGCAGCAGCACCAUUCAGGAUGCAGAGCCAUUAGUAUCUGAAUCCUGUUAACUACCUGCACCACUUCACCACUCAUAGGAACAAAAGGCUUGAGCCAUAUGCUCAGCUGCUGGGUAAAUGAACCUCCUGUGUGUAGGGCAUGGGAAGGGCUGAUUUGAGUCCUAAGCUCGCAGUGGGGAAAUGGGUGUGAUAGUGACUUCAUGUGAUUGUGCAUGACCUGAUCAGGCACCAGCCAUCACUAGCUACUGCCGUAUCCCCAUGGGGUGCUGCCCAGCCAGCAGGACCAGUGUUAGGGACUACUUGAGCCUACUUACAAUGAACUUUCCUGCUUGCCCUUGCCUUUGUGAGCACCACAGGCAGCAGAGCCGGGGGUCUGUUCUGCUUUAGCCUCCCUUAGCUCACCUCUGUACCUCCCUGCUGUACUUGGCUGCCCAUUUGCCUCCUGCACCCCUUGCUCGAGGAGGGGAUCUCACAGGGUGGGAGGAGGUAUGGCAUUUUCCUGAGAGGUCCCUGACUGCAGACAGUGGAAUGCAGUGAGAAGCUUCCGUCGUCACCCUGGCAAGGCAUCCCGGGGCCUGUGCUUGUGGCUAUUUUGGUCCAUCUUUUUAUCACACACUCCUCCCUGUGGAAUUCACCCAAUUAAAACCUUGCAAUCUGCAGCCUUCACUCUCAGAGGCAGUGAGUGCUUGGAAAGACACACCAUGGCUGCAAGGACUGUCCCCCAUGCCUACCCCAUGAGUUCGGAGUAUGAGUUUGCCAACCCUAGCAAGAUCUAUGACCAGAACUUUGGAGAAGGUGUGUCCCCAUGUGAGAUCUUAGCACCUGCUCUGUACCAUGGUUACUACAUCAGGCCUCGGAUCAAUAAGCAGCUGGAUCGAGGCACCUCUGAGAUCAGCCUCAAUGAACACAAAUUCGAAGUAUUCCUGGAUGUCUGUCACUUCCUGCCGGAUGAGCUCACUGUCCGCACUGUGGACAACCUGCUGGAGGUGAUGGGGCAGCACCCACAGAAGGCUGAUCGCCACGGCUUCAUCUCUCGAGAGUUCACCAGGACCUAUAUCCUUCCUCUGGAUGUUGACCCCUUGCUGGUGAGAGCCACGUUGUCCCAUGAUGGCAUUUUAAGCAUUGUGGCUCCCCGGACAGGGAAGGAGAUAAAGGCCAGAGUCAACGAGGUGAAGAUAACUCAACAGGAGCAGCCAGUGGGGAAACAAAAACAGUCUGGGGAAGGAAAAGAGAAGAAAGAGUCCUAAAGGCCCCUAAUCUGGGCUUUCAUUGGGAAGGUGGGUGGGACAGGGAUGGGGAAUCCAUGGUGCCAGACCCCUAUUUCCCAUCAUCAGUGUUUAGCAGGGCUGUGAGCAGCCAUAUAUAUGCCAGAUUUUUGCUUCUUAAGGCUGAUGGCUGGAAAAAGGGACUUGGAACCAAAAAAAAGAGGGGUGUGAGUUGGUGUGAGGGACUGUAAUGCAAGUUUUCUCCUAGGUCUAGUGCUCAUUGAGCACCAUGCAGGGUGCUCUCCUCUCAUCCCAGAUGGCAAGGGUCACUCUUGCUCUAAACUGUGAGGCUGUGUCACAGUGGACUGUUAAAACAGCUGCUUUGCUCUAGCCCAGAAGGGUACUGGGAAGAGGGAACAGAUGAUCUCAGAGUCUUGCUUCUGACCUUUAUGGAGAUGGAAGGUGCUUGUUGGUCUGUAAAAGUGCCUGCAGCUCUCAGGAGGAAAGAGGAAUAAAUCUGCCUCUGAUCUUC